AUGCACACUACCUCAGCUAUCCAGUAUACAUACAUAUACAAAGAGCAUCUUGCCUUGGUGUUUGACCGUCUUGACAAGUUUGGUGUUGUCAUCAACCCCUCCAAGUGCGUGUUGGGUGUGCCUUCGCUCGAGUUCCUUGGUCAUCAGGUUGACUCUGAAGGUUUGCGUCCCCUCCCCUCCAAGGUUGAAGCAGUUCGUAAUUUUCCUCCUCCAACUUCCAAGCGUCAGUUGCAGAGAUUCCUCGGCAUGGUCAAUUUUUACCGUCGGUUCCUACCGAACUGUGCUGACCUCAUGCUGCCGCUCACCAACAUGCUUUCUGGUCCCAAAAGUCCCCUCGAGCUGACUGGUGAAGCACUGACUGCUUUUGAGAGAAUCAUGGAUUCCCUUGUCGAUGCCACCUUACUCACGCAUCCCGCUCCCGAAGCUCAGCUGUCUCUGAUGGCAGAUGCCUCGACUGUAGCCGUAGGUGCAGUCCUUCAGCAACACCUUGCUGAUUCGACUCAACCACUUGCUUUUUUCGCCAAAAAGCUCUUACCGGCUGAGACACGCUACAGUACAUUUGGCCGUGAACUACUUGCCAUUUACCUGGCUGUGAAGCAUUUCCGGCAUUUCCUUGAAGGUCGUGACUUCACUGUUUUCACUGACCACAAACCGUUGACUUUUGUACUUCGUUCUCACUCCGACAAGUACAAUCCGAUGGAAAUUGCCCACCUGGACUACAUCUCCCAAUUCACUACCGACAUCCGCCACAUUGAUGGCACGAAGAAUGAGGUGGCUGAUAUGCUGACUAGACCCACACUGUCUUCCCUCCAACUCUCACACGGGAUCGAUCUUUGUGCCAUGGCGUCUGAACAACAGCGAGUCGGUUGUCCUGGCGACGAGUCUGUUAGUGGUCUCCAACUCAAAGACGUUCCUCUGACCACCGGUUCUGGUACCAUACUUUGUGACGUCUCAACUCCCUUUCAUCACCCUUUUGUGCCCGCCUCGAUGCGUCGAGCUGUCUUUCAAACUCUGCAUGGUCUCUCCCACCCAGGGAUCCGAGCCUCUCAAAAGCUCCUCGCGGAAAGGUUUGUCUGGCCUGGCAUGAACAAGGACGUCAAAGCUUGGGCCCGGUCGUGUCUGAGCUGCCAGCGCAACAAGGUGCAGCGUCACAACAAGUCCUCACCAGGCACUUUUCCCAGUCCCGACGUACGGUUCAGCCAUGUGCACCUGGAUAUCGUAGGCCCCUUGCCUCCAUCCAAUGGUUUCACCUACCUCCUUACCUGUGUCGAUCGAUAUACUCGCUGGGCUGAAGCUAUUCCUUUGCCGAAUGUUCAGGCUGAAACCAUCGUGAAGGCCUUCGUCAGUCGUUGGGUCGCCAUGUUCGGUGUCCCAUCCACGGUUAAGACUGAUCGUGGUGCCCAGUUUGAGUCGGCACUCUUCCAAACGCUACGCAAUUGCCUUGGCUGCACACGCAUUCGGACGACAGCCUACCACCCAGCUGCCAACGGUAUGAUGGAAAGUUUCCAUCGCCAGCUAAAGACCGCCCUGCGUGCCGUAGAAGACCCAGGAAACUGGUCGGACAACCUUCCUCUUGCACUCCUCGGCAUCCGCGCAGCUCUGAAGUCGGAUCUGGGCUGUAGCGCAGCUGAAUUGGUUUUCGGCACUACCCUCCGACUGCCAGGCGAGAUGAUCACCCCAACCUCUCGUGGAGCCGACGAGAUUCCUGACAAUCUUGUGCACCGUUUGCGGCAAUUUAUGCGCUCGCUUUCCCCGGUUCCACCUCGAGCUCCAAUGACUGAGUCUUAUGUCGAAAAAGACUUUGACAAAUGUACUCAUGUGUUUGUCCGGUGUGACCUUCCGGAUCCUUCGCAGUGA